UCAUUGUACACCCAUAUUCUUUACUAUUCCUUAAUACGUCGUUCCUCUCCACCUCGCCCCGCCCGCCCGAUUCCCGCACCACGCGCUGAUUCCUCAAAACAACGUAUCAAUCAAUCUCAUUACAAAACGACCUGGCCGUAAUUAGCUCCUCUCCGGUCAGUCUGUGAUUCCUCCCGCUUCACCCCGACACCCCAAGUCCCAACCUGCUCGAUCCCCUUCCCGACACCCCAACCUGCUCCAUCCCGCCGCCGCUGCCCCUUCUCCGGACAUCGCCGCAAGCGCGCCUGCCGAGAUCCGCUGCUGAAUCGCCCCUGUGCCGACUCGUCUGGCGUGGUGAUGACGGCGCCGCCCGCAAGCAAUGGAACCGCGGUGGUGGUGGGCGCCGGGUGAAUUGAAACGGGGGCGAAGGCGGCGGCAGCGACUUCUACUCCACCUUGUUUUCUCCGCUCCCCAAUCCCACGCCCGAGACCAUACGCGCGUGAAGGCUUCGUCGGCGCCACCCUCUGCCUGGAGGUGCUCCGCAGCGGCGCCCAGGAGGUCCGGUUCCUCAACCUUCGCGCCUCCUCCUCCUGGUCCUAGCAGCUCCUCGACGCCGGCGUCCGCUUCUUCCAAGGUCACUUUCCCCUCUCGCCCAAAUUGGCAUGGCCUGCUUCAGUAUAACUGUACCUCCCAAAUGUAGUUCAGCUAAUGCCUGGAGCUGAAUCAUGAUUUGGUUGGAGCAUAGGAUUUAUUAAUUUCACUACAGUGCAGAGGUUGGGAUGAGCUAAGAUUUUGGUGAUCAAUUCCGUGAGGCAAUAAAUGCAUUUCUAGCACCAAAAUGUCAAUGACCUGAUGUAGAAAAGUUUGGCAUAAUUUUCUUACAGAAGGUAUUUUCAAUUUCAGUUCAUUUUUUUAGAAGGUUCUCGAUCAUUUCAUGGAGAAGGUAUUUUCAAUUUAAAUAUCAGUUCAUUUGAAUGCAAGGAUGAGCUACUCCAGAUUUUGUGAGUGAGAGUGUAAUGGGUAGUUUAUUACUGUAGUUAGUUAGCUGUUACCAGUUCUUGAUAUUUCUGUAAGAGCAUGUACAAUGCAAGGUGCUAAGACAGGUGCUUACGAAAAUAAACCAAGCACUUUUUUAAGCACCAGUGCUUAUUUGUAUAGAGGAGGUGCCAAGUUAGGCAUCUGCUUAGUCUAAAUAAGCAUCAGUGCUUAACAAAAACCGGUUAAUUUUUCUAAGCACCCACCUAGGCAUCUUGCAUUGUACAUGCUCUAAUGAUCUAGAAAAACAUUUCUUAGAUGGUCUUCAAAGGUAAUUUUAGAUGAAGGACAGAGAUGGAUCACAUAAUUGUUAUACUUUCUUUUUUUUGCAGGAACAAGUUCUGGCCAAUUUCUUAGGUGACCUUCAAAAGGAAAGAUGGGUACUGCACUGGAAGAGGCCUUCAGGUGACAUGGUGUUGUAGUUAUUUGUACAUGCACUUCGUGCAUUCCCUAACUGAUCAGACCGGUGGGCGUGCACGGUGAGGCAGCUUAAACUCCUCCCUUUGUUUUCCUCCAUUAGUCCAUUGUCUUACUUCGUUGAGGACAUCAGAAUUUUUUAGUGGUAUCUGACUUACUGGAAUCUUUGAGAAAAGUUAUUAUAUGGUAUUACAAAUAGAAGACCUGAUUUUUUUUUCAAAUGACCGUAUGAAUCUUUCUUCAUUUUUAGUUCUUUGUAGAUUCAGAAUACUUCUAGCAUCGGUGUUUUGCUCCCCACGCCCAGUUACUGUGACAUCUGAACAUGUCACAUCUGAGUAUUGUGUGCUUUUCAAUUGACGAAUUUCAUUCCCCCGCAAUGGAAUUAGGUGUCACUUUUGGUUUUUACUUGGAAUCUGCGCCAAAUCAGUUUGUGUGCCUGCUAUCUAAAGCCUAUUAUUUUCUCCCAUAUCUUGUAUGCCAGUUUCUACUAGAAGGCAACCUUACAUAGUUACAUACAAGGAAGCAUAGUAAAAGGUAUACAUGUUGCUGUAUUGUUUCCUACCUACAGAUUAUAUCAUUGUUUGUCGAUUUUUUUUUGGUACAUAUACUAAUAGUCCUCAUUUGAUAAAGGAAUGUGAUGGAAUAACACUUUGUUGUCGAUGUGUGAAAAAUAAUAUUCCAAAUGAUUCUGUAAUUGUGAUAUCUUUUAUUUCGGCCUGUAUUAUUGAUGCCUCAGUGGAAGAGCACAUUGUUUUUGUUAUUGUUUAAAUCAUGAUACACAGAUGCAGCUAGUACCCAAGCUAAUGUUGAAUGCUUAAAAACAAGCAAAUGUUCUCGUGUUCAUGUAUUCUUAGUACUGUAUAUAUCCUUUUGGUUUUUGCACUUGUGAAUUUUCUGUUUAAUGCCAGAUAACUUCUUUUUGUUGUGAACGGAAUCAAAAGUAUGUGUUUCAAUCGAUAUAGAUCCAAGAGAGCUACUGAGAUGCACCAUGAUCAAAAGGAGGGAGAGAGCAAGUGAAAGACCAAGGAGAGUAAAAGAAUAGGGUUGGGUGGAGAAAUUAAGAUACAUGCGACCAGGGUUGGGUGGAGAAAUCAAGAUGCUUGAUGGGAAGAGAAAGAAUAGGAUCGAUGCACAGUGAUCACGAGAAAGGAUUAACUGUUAGAAAUAAACUGGUUUUGACACAUUUAAUAGCGAGUGACAGAGCAUUGUGCUUAAUUUGUCACAUAUUGAUGAAAUACAAUAAUGCAUCAUGCCAUUUUCUGGUUCGGUAGCAACCCACGGGCAUUUCAGCUAUUACACAGUCAAGUCAGACUAGGUUUAUUACCGGACCAAAUGGGGGUCAAACCUCGGUAAUAAGUCGGAGUGUUUGAUUUGUUGGUACCCGGAGCAUAUCCCUCGAUAGUUGGAGCCAACAAUAUCGCGCUUGAUUCUGCGACCGACCUCCUUCGGUAACCAAGAUGGUCCAGUUUCCAUAAACUGAGAGUCUGUGAAAGUUUCAGAACAUUUUCAGGCUGAUUUCUGGCUUUUGUAUUUAAAUCUAAUAAACUCUGCGGGAGGGAUCAAUUAUACCAAAAUUAAGCUCCUUUUUCUUCCCGGUUUCUUCCCUGAUGAAGUUUUAAACGUUGACCAUGGACAACUCUAGGCUUACUAGUACUCUGACCCUGUCCUUCCUAUUUAGAAACAAGUUUAACGGCAAAUCGUUGACAUAUACCUUACCCUGUACAAGUGUACAACCUCUUGUCUAUUUUUCUUGAAGGCUAGCACUCUAGCUAAGUUAAUUGACAACCACAAAGUGGGCACAACACUUGUCAGCGAAGGCACGGUCAUCUCUCCGGAAGACAUGUCAAACCAUGCAUGCAGGGAGGCGAGUCCUCUACCGUCCACACCGCCAAAACACACGGCGAAAGACCGGUAUAUAACUCCAUGCAGAGCCCCACCAUUCGUCCAUAACACGGGACGGGAGUGAAACAAAACACCAAGAAAUAAUCAGCUAGCUAGCUGCAUACAUGUCCGCGACCAUGGCCGGCUCCCUCGCUCCCCUCGUCCUCCUCUUCCUCCUGGUCUCCACGGCGGCCCCCGGCGCCGUCCGGGGCAGCCCCUACAGCGACAACCUCCAGGACGCGUGCAACAAGACGCUGUUCCCCAAGGUGUGCAUCCAGUCGCUGACGACGAACCCGGAGACGCGGACGGCGGACGCGCGGAGGCUGGCGGAGCUGUCCGUGUACGUGGCCAAGGAGGUCGGCACGACGGUCGCCGCGUUCGCGCACCACGAGCUCAGCGGCGUCAAGGACCAGGACGUGCUGUUCAAGUGCCUGGACAGCUGCUCCGACGACAUCGAGGAGGCCGUGGCGCACCUGAGCGCGCUCACCAGGGAGCUCACGGACGCCAAGUUCCUGGAGGUCAAGUCGUGGCUGUCGGCCACUCUGGGCGGCUCCUCCACCUGCGAGGAGAGCUGCAAGGACGCGCCCAUCAGCGAGCUCAAGAACGCCGUCGUCACCAAGAGCCUCGAGUUCGAGAAGCUGCUCCGCGUCACGCUCGACCUCAUCACCGAGGCGUCCGGGUCCAUGUCGGCCGACGUCGCCGUGCCCCCCACGGCAUGGGCGCCCGGUGGCUCCUACGGCUCCGCUGCCAGUGCCCCGGGUGGGUCCUACGGCUCGGCCGGAGCGCCUGAGUCCUACGAAGCCGGAUCCUCCUCCGGCAGCAGCGCAUCACCGUCCUCUUCUGGCAGCGCUGCGGCGCCAUCGUACGGCGACAGCCAGCCGGCCAGUAGCUCCGAGGCGCCGUCCACCUCUGGCGGCUCUGACGCGGCGGCGCCCUCGACUGGCGACAGCCAGCCGAGCUCUGACGCGGCAGCGCCAUCGACCGGCAAGAGCGCGCCCAGCUCCGAGGCGCCGUCCGCUGGCUCUGACGCGGCAGCGCCCUCGACCGGCGACAGCGCGCCCAGCUCUGAUGCGGCAGCGCCAUCGACCGCGCCAUCCUCUGACGCGGCAGCGCCAUCGUACGGCGACAGCCAGCCGAGCGCCGAGGCACCGACCUCUGGCUCCGACGCGGCAGCGCCCUCCGAUGCGCCGUCGACCUCUGAAGCGCCGGCGCCCUCGUCUGGCGACGCCAGCGGGCCGGCUGCUGACGCGCCGGCACCGUAUUGAUCGAACGCCGAUCGACGCGCCGUCUACCGGUGACGCGAUGCCAAAGUCCCCCAAGCUAGGCCGUCGACUAAUACCCAAAGACCCGCGUAGUAGUGCGCACGGCCGGUUUCCAACACCAGUCCCCAGUACGGCCGGUAGUAUGGGACCCAUUGCCUAGGCUAAAGAUUCCCAAAGUUUUCCUUUAACUCGAUCAAUUCCGAAAGUUUUUUUUAAUUAACCGAAAGUUUUUUUUUUCGUUCUUUCUAUCGCAUCUUUCUUUUCUUGAUUCAUGAUUAUUCAAUAUACCCUAUUGAAUAACCAGUCGUAGUAUUGAAGAUUGUAUGGGCCGUUAAACCCGGAGUGGAAAGCCUUUGAUCAUGUGAGUGGCCGUUUUUUUGAACAGAACGGCAUGUGAGUGGCCGUUGAUCAGCUUCGGCCCUCACUUGGAUGGUCUAUUGUAAUAGUGGUUUUCUUUUAUUUGCAAAUGUAGUUUUCUUAAAUCAGAACAUGUUAGGGUAUGCAUCGUAAGGGCAAUGCACUAAUCUUCUGUAAUGAUUUCUUUUUUUUACAAUGGAGAUGACCAUGACUAUAUCUUUGCACAAUUUUGGUCA